ACCCGCGUCCGCACCCGCGGCCCCGCGCCGCCCAGGACCCGGCCCGGCCCGCGGAGCCCUCCGCCCGCUCGCGCGGGAAAUCCAGAACCUAUGGCUCUCUUUUCAGUCUUUCAGACAACAUUCCUCUUGGCAUUGCUGUCCUUGAGAACAUACCAGAGUGAAGUCUUGUCUGAACCUUUGCCAUGGGCCCCUGAAUCCCUGAGAGUUUUUAUCAAUUCUACACAUCAGUGUUUGCAUUUACAGUGGAGUGUCCACAACCUUGCUCAUCAUCAGGAAUUAAAAAUGGUUUUUCAGAUAGAAAUCAGUAGAAUUAAAACAUCAAAUGUCAUCUGGGUGGAGAACUAUAGCACCACUGUGAAGUGGAACCAAGUUCUGCACUGGAGCUGGGAAUCCAAGCUCCCCUUGGAAUGUGCAAAACAUUUUAUAAGAAUGAGGAGUGCGGUGGAUGAUGCCAAGACCCCCGAGCAGAGUUUCUGGAGCAACUGGAGCUCGUGGGAGGAAGUACAUGUACAGAAUUCUCUUGGACACGACCCAUUCUUCGUUUUCCCUAAAGAUAAGCUGGUGGAAGAAGGCUCCAAUGUCACCAUUUGUUACGUUUCCAGGAGCCAGCAAAAUAACAUAUCCUGUUAUUUGGAAGGCGUACGGAUGCAGGGAGAACAGCUCGAGCCAAAUGUCUCCGUGUUCAACUUGAAUCAUGUUGCUUUCAUUAGGGAAACCGGGACAAAUAUCUAUUGUAAGGGGGACCAAGGAGACAGUAUAAAGGGCAUCGUUCUCUUUGUGUCAAAAGUCCUUGAGGAGCCCAAGGAUUUUUCUUGUGAAACCCAGGACCUCACGACACUGAACUGUACUUGGGAUCCCAGGAGUGACACUGGCUUGCUCAAACAGCUUUCCCAAAGCUAUACUUUAUUUGAAUCAUUUUCCGGGAAAAAGACACUUUGUAAACACAAAAGCUGGUGUAGUUGGGAAGUAGCUCCAGAGUCCCAAGAAAUGUAUAACUUCACACUCACCGCUGAAAACUACUUAAGAAAGAGAAGUGUUCACCUUCUUUUUAACCUGACUCAUCGAGUGCACCCAAUGGCUCCCUUUAGUGUACUGUUUACAGAUGUAAGCGCCACAAAUGCCACCAUGACCUGGAAGGUUCAUACCACUGGUAAUUAUUAUACACUGCUGUGCCAGGUUGAACUCUAUGGUGAAGGAGAAGUAAUACAACGCAACGUUUCCGUCGAGGUGGAUGGUAAGCAGCUCUUCGGUGGCCUGAAGCCAGACACAGAGUACAGGGCCCAAGUACGCUGUGCUAAUGCCAACCACUUCUGGAAAUGGAGUGAAUGGACUCGUCAGAACUUCACCACAGCUGAAGCUGCUCCCUCAGAGGCUCCUGACGUCUGGAGAAAUGUGAAGUCAGUGCAGGGACAUUCUGUUGUGACUUUAUUCUGGAAGCCACUAUCAAAGUUGCAGGCCAAUGGGAAGAUUCUGUUCUAUAAUAUAGUUAUAGAAAAUCUAGACAGAUCAUCCAUCUCGAAGCUCCUCUCCAUUCCUGCUCCGGCCAAUGGCACAGAACUAAACCUUGACCAGUGUUUGUACCAAAUCCACGUCACAGCUAAUAACAGUGUGGGCACGUCCCCUGCUUCAGUCAUCAUAGUCUCUGGAGAUCCUGGAAACAAAGAAGUUGAAGAAGAAAGAGUUAAAGGCAUGGAGGAUGGAUUCUCUCUGUCUUGGAAACCCCAGCCCGGAAACGUCACAGGCUACAUUGUGGAGUGGUGUGACCAUCCCCGGGGCCCGCUCUGUGAUCUCCAGUGGAAAAGCGUAGGUCCUACUACCACAAGCACAGUUGUUAGCUCAGAUGCUUUCAGACCAGGGGUCCAGUACAACUUCAGAAUUUAUGGAAUUUCUACAGAAAGGGUUCCUUACUUAUUAGAGAAAAAAACAGGAUACUCCCAGGAACUGGCUCCUUCAGACAACCCUCAAGUGGUCAUGAGUAACCUGACCUCCCGCUCCUUCACUCUGAGUUGGAAGGAUUAUUCCAUUGAAUCCCAACCCAGUUUUAUACAAGGGUACCACGUGUACCUGAAAUCCAAGGCGGGGCAGUGCCACUCUGGAUCUGAAAAGGCAGUUCUUUCAGAUGAUGCAGUGUGUUGCAAAUACAGAAUUGACAACCCAAAACAAAAGACAUUUGUCGUGGAAAACCUACAGCCGGAAUCCUUCUAUGAGUUUUUGGUCACCCCGUACACCAGUGUUGGCGAGGGCCCCCAUGGCGCUUUCACAAAGGUCACAACUCCAGAUGAAUACUCCCCUAUACUGAUACGUAUCAUACUCCCUAUGGUUUUCUGCAUUUUGCUCAUCAUGAUCAUAUGCUACUUGAAAAGUCAGUGGAUGAAGGAGAAGUGUUAUCCUGACAUUCCAGAUCCUUACAAGAGUAGUGUUCUGUCAUUAAUAAAAUCCAAGGAGAAUCCUCGCCUAACAAUAAUGAGUAUCAAAGACUGUGUUCCAGACUCUAUUGAAGUUCUAAACAAGCAGGAAGGCACUAGGAAGUCACUCACAGAAACUGAGUCUUCCAAGGCCACCUACCUUUACCUCCUUCCAACAGAGAAGAGCUACUCCGGCCCUGGGCCCUGCAUCUGUUUUGAGAACUUUACCUAUAACCAGGCAGCUUCUGACUCGGCUUCUUGUGGCCAUGUCCCAGUAGCCCCUGUAGCUCCACUAAGUCAGCUGGGACUGUUGACAUCACCUGAAAAUUUACUAAAGGCACUAGAAAAAAACUACAUGAACUCCCUGGGAGAAAUUCCAGCCGGAGAAACUAAUUUAAAUUACGUGUCCCAGUUGGCUUCAGCCAUGUCUGGAGACAAGUUCAUUCUCCCCACAAAUCCACCAGAGCCAGCACUGUGUUCGGAGUAUAAAAUGCAAAUGGCCAUACCCUUGGGUCUGGCCUCUCCUCCCUCGAGUGGGAGUAGCAGCCUCUCUUCCGUUACCCUUUUAGAUGAAGGUGAACACUACCACUAAUCAGUAUACCCGGUUUAUGCCUUUAUGCUACAUAGAUGCAAAAAAGGAGCAUCGCCGGCACCAUUCCAUCACCUGAUGCCUCGGCCCGUAAUUCCAGUGAGCGGUCACCAUUGGCGCACGAGACCACUACAAUCUGGCUUGGUUUCAAAGGUCAGAAGCUAUGGAACUUAACAUCCCUUCUUGGAGCAGGCUUGCCGUAGAAAUGGCAGGAUCGUGGGAAUAGGCUUACCUUGCUGCUGUCUGUUCCAGGCUCACCUUUAGAACAGUAGACCUGGCACUUGACAUGGGGAUAGACCCUGCCCACUCAGUACUGGACAGGGUGCCUGUGGUCCUAGAAGUUCAGUUUUUAGCAAGGAAAUAUUUCCAUUAAGUUUUACCCCUAUGUCUUAUCUUAAGGGUAAAGGAACUAGAUUUAAGGUUUUAGUAAAGGCCACAGAAGAUUUGUUACUAGACCAUAAAUUGUCAAUGUUAAUUUAUUCUGGGUGUGUUUAAUGAAAAAGUCACACAAUGUUUGAGAGUAAAACAGAUUUUAGACUUGCCUUGAAGAGAGAACAAUUUGUAGUUCGUUGAUGCAGUAAAAUGAACUCUUCUGGGUGCACAGACCUUAUCUGAUAGGUAAAAUAUGUGAAUGAUCAAUAAGAUCCCCACAACUGCCUUUCCAUUUAGCUUACUAUAGUUAAAGAGUGGGACUGCCGAGGAACUCUUGACUUAGCGUCAAGACAACAGCACUCCUACCUGGUGGACAUCAGUCUUUGACCAUAAUUUUUGACAACUACCUCAGAAUAGAAAAAAGAAAAUGUUAUUAUUAAUUCCAUUCACAUUUUGUGGUUCCUCUUUUUUUCAAGAACUACUAUAUAUAAGUGACAUGUUUUCAUUUAGUACCCUUUGGUCUUCGCAAUUGUCUGAGUCAAGAAAAUACCCUGUCUCAUUUAUAUUCCUAUAAUGCUAACAAUGAAUAAAAGGAAACUUCAUUGUUGGACAUGGUUUAGACAUAAUUGUAAAAAGCUAUAGAGUGGGAAAUUCUGUAUUCGCUCAGCAGCAGCUUUGUCUCAUUGAAUCAAUAUAUACAAAUGCAGGGGCGCCUGGGUGGCUCAGAUGGUUAAGGGUCUGCCUUCGGCUCAGGUCAUGAUCCCAGGGUCCUGGGAUCGAGCCCCGCAUCAGGCUCCUGGCUCAGCGGGGAGUCUGCUUCUCCCUCUCCCUCUGCCUCUCCCACUGCUCAUGCUAUAUCUCAAAUGAAUAAAUAAAAUCUUUAAAAAAUAUAUAUAUAUACACAAAUGCACCUGAUGCCUAACAGGUGUUCAGUACAUUCCCGUUCCUUUCUCUUCCUUCUACCUAUCAAUGCUUUAUUUAUCACAUUUCUAAGAAAGUAUGAUCAGGAGUUCCUUGUGUGCUGUGCUGGCAAUGACACCAUCUAGGUCUCUGGUACCAAAGAGAGUGCACUGUGUCAUCAACACCACACAACCAAGAGACCAAAAGAUCCACAUCUCCAAGCCAGGUAGGUGGCUGCCAAUUGGCCUAGGUAUACCAACACAAACCAGGGCUUCUGUUCAGGCUUUUCAACUUUUUCCUUACAUAGAACUAAACCUUUUGCUGGAAAAACUGGUUAUGUACUUCUAACAUAGUACAAACAAGUAUCUCAAUUAGUCUGAUAGUUUUGAGAAGACCUUGGGGGCCAGUAUUGUUAUCAUUUAGCCUCUUUGUUGCUUUCUCAUAAAUGUCAAUGGCUGUGAAGACUGAUUUGUAAAUAGUAUCUUUCAUAUAGCUUUUCUUUUAAAAAUAACCCAUGAAACCUUGGAAGUCAUUUUUGUUGCAAAAAGCCUAAUUAAAAUAUUUCACCACUGCA